AUGGAAGAAUGGUUCAUCAUUUUGUACCAAUCCGCCUACGAUGGCCUCCAUUCGAUAAAGACGGUCUUCAAUCGCAUUGAUAUAUCCUACAUAAAGUUCAGUGGCAGCCCACGAGCAAAGUAUAUUGCAAACACAGCGAAGAAUAUUAAUAAUCGCAACACUACCCAUAACUCCAUAGCCACAGAAAAACCCAUGAUGACAGCAACAAAGCAGCAAAGCAAAUUAGGGGCACUUGCAUGGAAUUUUCAAAAGCUCACAACUUGUACAGAAGAAGAAGAUGGACACCGGUCAGUAACUAGAACUUUGGAAGGUGUAGGACUUGAGGCGUCUCAUUCAUCACCCAUAGUCAUUCAUAAAUGUACAAAAUCCACAUUCUCUAUUAAAUCCAUCAAUAAUAAUAGCGAUGCUGAUGCCGUUGUUGUUAACAUUCUUGCUGUUGUUGUAGCGAAGGAUCUUACUUUCUACAGUUGUCACAAGCUGAAAAAUAAAGAAAGGACAAUCAGAGUCAGGUUAGCAUCGUACCAUUCUUCGUGA